AUGCACAACGGCACCCGCCCACACUCAUCCUCAUUCCCGCCCUCUAUUCCCGCGCGCACCGUUCUCUGGAGGCUACGGUCGACGAAUACAAGUACGAGUAGUCCGAUAGUGACAGGCGCGACCACUAGACAGACAGAGCUUCCUUCCGCAAUUACCGUCGAGCAGGUGCCACUCACCCGACCGGCCCCCCUCGAGUCGGGAAACACUUGUAUGUCGUCCGCAAGUAUGCCUGCUACCACGGGCAAUAUACCCUACCCCCCCACGCCUUACAAUAACGCCACCUCUCGAUGGCGAGCGCAGCGGAACCGGGAGCGGGACCCGACAUGGGUGCCCCGACCGCCCAACGCGUUCAUCAUCUUCCGCUCCGAGUACUCACGCAAGCAUGCUCACGGCGGCACAAACAAGGCAGAGGAGAAGACCCUCUCGAAGAGGGCGGGGGAGACAUGGAAGUUGCUUUCGGACGCGGAGAAGAAACCCUACAAGCUGCGAGCAGAGCAGGAGCGGGCGGAUCACCAGAGGCGUAACCCAGGCUACAAGUACAGGCCCCGAAGGGGACAGACUGCCGCUGGCAAUGUCUCAGGACCGAUGUCUCGUCGCGAGCAGGUCGAGUCGUUUUUGCGUCGCACCGUUAGUCAAGACAACAGCUUCUCUGAGUCGGAUUCCGCGAGCGAAUAUACCACACCCUCGAGCCCGACAAGCUUCGAAUCCUCAUCACCAGAACCUUCAGAUACCCAGUUGAGCCGCAGCUCGUCCCCCGCACGUUCGGCGCGCUCAUUGUCGAGGCCUCCGACACACGAAGAAGCAUUGCACAAUAGACUGCAACAGUCGUUGUUCCUAUCUCCAGCGUACACUGCAUCCAGCCCGACUCUUGGCUUGCGAACAGGUAGCCUCUGGGACGGCAGUGAAGGACUGAGUUCCAUCCUCCCGUCCCCCAGUGCAGUCCUAGACAUCCCCGCGUGGUCAAAUCCCUACCCGUCGGUUGGAGAAGACACACAGUCGGCGGGAGCGAUUGGCGCCUCCUUAUCGUCGUCGACAUCGUAUCCACACGACGAGUCGCUGGAGAUGCUCACUUUCGGUGGGCCUGGUAUGAACGUUGCCGCCGUUGAGAGAACUCAGGCAUCCCUUACCCUUCCCGGAGAUAGUAGGAUGGACUGGCAUGCGACGUGCCCUCCUGCGAGCCCAUUGUUGCGUCGCCGACGAGCUGCAACAGCCUCCGCCGCACUGCCCUCGCCAUUGACCGUCGUCACGUCGUCGCUCGCCAACUGGAACGGAGACGGACCAUCCGCCGUUGAUCCGUCAAGUCUUGGCACGUACCUCGCUACCCGCAGGCCAUCAUUGCCUAUCACGCCAUACGCGGGAGUUGGUAUCGGUAUGAGCCAGCAGCCCUGCAGCCUCCCUGUUCCGACGGCCGGGUUCGCGACGACCGGGUUCGACUUAGAUCGCACGCCGAGGUCCUCAGAAUUUCCUCGCGACGUACAAGGACACUACCCGCCUCCGCAGCCCAAUUCGACCGGUUACGUUGCUUACAUGCAGGGAAAGCCGUCCAGCACGAUGGCGGUCGCAGGCGGGAGUAGGGAAAACGGGACAGGGCUCAACACUUACAUUGCAGCGGAGACAGACUUCAUAUCAUAUACCAUGGGCCUCGCAGAACUCGGCAUCGAGCCCGUCGUGUACAACAUGUCGCCAUUCGAGGACCUCGACAUUAACGAGUUCUUCAACUUCGAACACGAGCCUUGA